AGGUAAAUGGGGCAUUCCCACAGACUUGCAUAAUGGCGUUGUUUACUUCGGACGACCAACACACAGUAAUCUCAGAACUUCUCUAAGCAAGAUUUGUUUGAAAACGUUUGUUUUUCACUAACGUUUGUCAUCAUGCCAAUGUGGUGUUCUGUGUCUGGCGGUGCUAAUUACAAACAAGUGUGAAAAUGAGUUAUGUUUCACCAUUCUACCUACCAGAGACUUACCCCAAUGCCAUCAGUGGCUUGCGGCUAUCAAGAAUAAUGCUUACGGUGACCUAAGAUUAGAGGGAUUUUCGGGCUGAACUGAUGGGGAAUUCAUUUCGACGACAGCUGAGAAGUGAUGCGGUACCAUCGUUUUUUUCCUUCACAACAAAACAGAAGAUUCUUCAUUAGAGAUAACAUAACAUUAGCUAGCCUAGCUGGACUAGGCUCCUCUGUUUCCUCCCAGGUAGGAGGAACACUACACUCCGUUCUCACAGGACUCAGGCUACGCUAUUGCCAGACAGAUCAGUCAUCAGCCAUGGCUUCUCUCAGCAACUCUAUCACAGCCUUUGCCUUGGAGCUGUACCGCACUCUGGGUCAGACCAACACAGGGAAUGUCUUCGUCUCCCCCUUCAGUAUCAGCUCAGCUCUGGCCAUGGUCUACCUGGGAGCUAAAGGAGACACAGCUGCUCAGAUGGCAAAGGUUCUGUCAUUCAACUUGACUAAAGACGUCCACACAGAUUUCCAGACACUCAAUGGAGAUAUCAACUCUCCCUCUGCAUCUUACACCCUGAAACUGGCCAACCGUCUCUAUGGAGAGAAGACUUGCAACUUCCUGACUGAGUUUUUAGAAUCCACCCACAAGUUCUACCAUGCAGACAUGAAGGCAGUGGACUUCCUCGGCGCAGCAGAGGAGACCAGAGGAGAGAUCAACGGCUGGGUGGAACAGCAGACAGAGAAUAAAAUCAAAGAUCUGCUGAAGCCGGGGACAGUCAGUGUUAUGACAAGGUUGGCCCUAGUCAACGCCAUCUACUUCAAAGGAAACUGGCUGAAUCGAUUUGACCAAAAAGACACCAAAGAGAUGCCCUUCAAAAUAAACCAGAAUGAAAGCAAGCCAGUUCAGAUGAUGCACCAGAUGAAGAAGUUCCCCUUUAACUACGUCCCAGACUAUAACCUCCAGAUCGUGGAGCUUCCCUAUGUGGAUGAGGAGCUCAGUAUGUUUGUCCUGCUACCUGAGGAGGCCACUGAUGGAUCUGAUCCCCUAGUGAAGCUAGAGAGAGAGCUGACCAUGGAGAAACUGGAUGAGUGGACCAGCAGAGACAACAUGGACACGGGCACAGAGGUCAUAGUUCACCUGCCCAAGUUCAAACUGGAGGAGAACUACGAGCUGAAUGAGGCCCUGAUCCAGCUGGGCAUGAAGGAUGUGUUUGAGGGGGGCAGGGCCGACCUGUCUGGGAUGAACGGGGAGGGGGGGCUCUUCCUGUCUACGGUGGCCCAUAAGGCCUUUGUGGAGGUGAACGAGGAGGGGACAGAGGCUGCCGCCGCCACUGCUGGGAUAAUAGCGUUCUGUAUGAUCCGAGAGGAACACUUCACAGCUGACCAUCCCUUCCUCUUCUUCAUCAGGCACAACAAGACCAAAAGCAUCCUGUUUCUCGGCAGAUUCUCCUCUCCUCAGUAGAAGAAUGGUUAUAAAGCGUAGAGUGGAUUUCAUUACAUUUAUUUGACAGGGACAAAUUCACAUCAUUCAACAUUUCUGUAAAUGUGACAGAUUUAGCAAGCUAGCUAGUAGCUAGUUCCAUCAGCCCUUGAUUGAAUCCACUACAAAACCAAAUAAAGGAAAAUGUCUACCAUU